AUGGGUCUGGUCCUCUCUGACGAGGACCUCUCUGCCGUGCAUGCCUUCGACAUAUCGAUGGGUACCGUCCUCUCGCUGAUGAAUGACUAUUUUAGCUGGGCGAUGGAGGCCGGUCAGGACACCGACCGCGUGCGCAACGGCGUUCACGUGCUUAUGAAACAGCAUGGCCUGUCGGCUGACGUCGCCCGGUCGACACUGCUGGGCAUGAUGGUCGAAGAGGAGGCACACGCAGUGCGGCUGCGCGAGCACUGCCUUAGAGGGUCGGUCUCAGACGGUUUACACCAGUACAUCGAGGCCAUGGAGUUAUAUGUAGGCGGCGCCAGCUUUUGGACCGCCACGGCUCCACGCUAUCAGAUGGUUGAAGUCAAUCUGCACUGA